AUGAUUUCAUUUUCUAUAAAAUUACUUUUUCGUUUACCGUUUGAAACUUUACUACGACUCAGCUGGUGUAGUGAUCAGCUUGAUGAUUCAGAUGUUGGAAAUUUUGUGAUUCGAUUGAAACUUACCUAUAAAGAAAUAAAGAUAAAAAUAAUUAUAACAUUGAUUUUAAGUGUUGAAGCUUAUUCUCAGAUAUUAAAAAGAGAUGUUAAAGUUUAA